AUGGAUCCUAAUCAGCACUUUGGGAUGCCGGAAACUGACGGAAAUAAUAUCCCUACUAAGAAAACACCAGCAGGAUUCUCAACCCCGAUAUUGACGGUAGGAUUGACCCGACCACCAACUGAUAAGGGGAAGCAAGCUGCUGAGACCCCUCAGGAGAAUAUCUUCCAGAUACUCCAACAUAUGCUCACUCCAGAACAGCUCAGGAGUGCAGCGGAGGUUGGGGAGGAUGAAGAAGAGGAGGCUCAAGAGACAGAGGUCCAGCUAUCUUCCCAUCCCAGAAGGGAAAGCGAGUACAAGCGCAGGGCACCAGUGUCAUUGCGAAACUCUCCUUUUUCCACGGCUAUCCUCCAAGAGCCCAUGGAGAAGAUCAAAAUGUCGACAUGCAAAUAUGACGGCAAAACUGAUCCGGAGGAUCACAUAUCGGCUUAUGAGGGACACAUGUUGUUAUACACUAAUACCGACUCGGUAUGGUGUAAGGUGUUCCCUUCUACGCUAGUUGGUCUCGGCCAAACGUGGUUUAAGAGCAUACCGGCAACUGUCUUCGACUUCCGCCAACUCACGUCCAUGUUUGUUACCCACUUUGUUAGUAAAGAGCGCAGGGAGAAAACUACCGGCGAGUUGAUGUCCAUCAAGCAAGGAGACUUUGAAAGCUUGAGGGAUUAUGUGGGACGUUUCAACGCGGAAGCCGUUACCAUCCCCAGUUUGCAGCAGGAAGUAGCGAUGUUGGCCCUGAUGACAGGUCUGAGACAAGCGACUGCCUUCAGAAGCUACCAACCUAACAGGGCGGCUAGAGAUGGAAAAGAGAAAGAGAAAGACCGCAGGGAGGACAAUUACCGGAAAGAUAAAAAGCCAGAAAGCUUCAGUAGGAGAGAGGAAAGUAAUUCGGUAAAGAAGGGUCAGGAAGGGCGAGUCGACCGGUACCGCAAUUACACCCCUCUAACAAUAUCUCGGGCAGAGAUAUUCGAGCUACACAAAAAGGACGAUAAGUGGCAAAGGCCUAGAAAGAUGUACAACAAUGGCCAGGAUAAAUCGAAGUGGUGCGAGUUCCACAGGGACUAUGGUCACGUGACAGAUGAAUGUAAGGACCUGAAAGACGGGAUAAAAGAUCUCAUACGAAGAGGUUAG